GUAUCUCGCUGCGAAACCCAAAACUGAAGAGACGAAGAGAAAGAGAAAAACAGAGCCGGGAAUGAUUGAGAGACCAAAACCAAUCAGGCCAGCUUCAAAACGGUGCGUCUCACCCUCCGCGGCUCGCUUCUUAACCCUAACCCUAAUCCCGGCAUUUCUCCGGUCGCCGUCGACGACGCUCCGGUCGUACUAACCCACCCAACCAGAAAUCCAUCAAUUUCACCGAUUCAACGCUUCAUUCUAUUCUCCCGCAAGAUCGAAUCGAUCUGCAAAAAGAAGGGGGGCGAUCUCGUAGGUUGAAACGAUGCCGUCUCACGCGGAUCUGGACCGUCAGAUCGAGCACCUGAUGGAGUGCAAGCCUCUAUCAGAGUCGGAGGUGAAGGUGCUGUGCGAUCAAGCGAGGGCGAUUCUGGUGGAGGAGUGGAACGUGCAACCGGUGAAGUGCCCCGUCACGGUGUGUGGCGAUAUUCAUGGCCAGUUCUACGAUCUCAUCGAGUUAUUUCGGAUUGGAGGGAGUGCACCCGAUACCAAUUACCUCUUUAUGGGUGAUUAUGUAGAUCGUGGAUACUAUUCAGUGGAGACUGUUACGCUUCUGGUGGCCUUGAAAGUCCGUUACAGAGACAGAAUCACAAUUCUCAGGGGAAAUCAUGAAAGCCGUCAAAUUACUCAAGUGUAUGGCUUCUACGAUGAAUGCUUGAGAAAAUAUGGAAAUGCCAAUGUGUGGAAAUACUUUACUGACUUAUUUGAUUAUUUACCUCUGACUGCCCUCAUUGAGAGUCAGAUUUUCUGCUUGCAUGGAGGUCUCUCCCCUUCUUUGGAUACACUGGAUAAUAUCAGAGCAUUGGAUCGUAUACAGGAGGUUCCACAUGAAGGACCAAUGUGUGAUCUCUUGUGGUCUGAUCCUGAUGAUCGCUGUGGGUGGGGAAUUUCUCCACGUGGUGCUGGAUACACAUUUGGACAGGAUAUAGCUGCUCAAUUCAAUCAUACCAAUGGUCUCUCCCUGAUAUCCAGAGCUCACCAGCUUGUUAUGGAAGGAUACAAUUGGUGCCAGGACAAGAAUGUGGUAACAGUAUUUAGUGCUCCAAAUUACUGUUACCGAUGUGGGAAUAUGGCUGCCAUACUGGAAAUUGGAGAGAACAUGGAUCAGAAUUUUCUUCAGUUUGAUCCAGCUCCCCGGCAAAUUGAGCCUGACACUACACGCAAGACUCCUGAUUAUUUUUUGUAACUUCAUAUAUCUGCCUAUUUGUGGUUACUGCUUUCUUCCGAUACUGUAGAUGUGUCUUUAAGGAAAGAGGAAUUUCACUGUUUAAGUGGAGGAUGAUCAUCAACAUAAUUCUUUCUUUUGGAGUUUACCAGCUGCUGCCGCCACCUUAUUUGCACAAGAAACCAAUAGAACUGACACAAGCCACCAAUUGGUGUUGUAUAUUUUUGGGAGGAAGCGGCAAUAUCAUGGUAUAUCUGGUUCUGUAAUUUUUUAUUAUUAAAUUAAAUCUCAAGUUAGAGAGCAGAUUUUUGAGUCCUGACAAUGACGUCCAUUUGAUACAUUUUGACGGUGCCAAAUGAAAGUGCAGGUGUUGAUUUUACGUGAUUAAAUCAUAUCAUGGUAGAGGAUUGAGUAGGGCCUAUGCAU